UGACGAUGAUGAUGACGACGACAAAGCCGACGAAAACGUCCAGGGACAAGGCCAGGAGCUUCGAAAUGUCGUCGCCAGGUGGCAACACCGAUGCGUCGUCAUUUGUUGUUUCGCAACGCAACCAAUAUUAGUUCCAUCAAGUUGUACGAACAUUUCUCGUCGAUGGAUUUUCAAAGGAUACGUUAACAAACAUCGUUCUUUUUUAUUGCACACGACGACGCUGACAGUUUUUUAAAAUUACGUGCAACGAAAUAACAUGGCUGCAAAAGUUAAACAUUACGAUCCGUUUAGCUCGGCGAGUUCCGAGAGCGAGGAUGGAGAAAUUCCUUUGGACGAUCGUGAAUUACUUGUCGAUGAAAUUUGCGACGAAGCGACGACCACGCCGCAAUCGCCGAGACCACCGUCCACCGGUUCACAAAAAUCUCCACGUUCAAGAAGGCAACGUACUACCAGUAUGACACAAUCUAGUAAAAAGACAUCAGCGGAAUCUAUCAUUAGAAGUAAGAGAGGAACCAUUUAUACAGCAGGUAGACCACCUUGGUAUAAUUCUGCGGGACAGCAAGUAGAACCUUUUGUUAUUGGAAUCUGUGGAGGCAGUGCUUCGGGUAAAACUACAGUAGCUACAAAAAUAAUAGAGUCAUUGAGCGUUCAAUGGGUGACUCUUCUUAGUAUGGAUUCAUUUUAUAAAGUAUUAAAUGAAAAACAGCAUGAAAUGGCAGCAUGCAACGAAUAUAACUUUGAUCAUCCAGACGCAUUUGAUAUGGAACUUCUCAAGACUACGUUGCAACGAUUAAAAGAAGGAAGGAUGGUGGAAGUUCCUAUUUAUAAUUUUGUAACUCAUCGUAGAGAGAGUAGGACUAAAACAAUGUAUGGCGCUAACGUCAUUAUUUUUGAGGGAAUAUUUACCUUUUAUAAUGUGGAUGUAUUGAAGAUGUGCGAUAUGAAAAUAUUUGUUGAUACUGACGCCGAUGUACGACUUGCACGAAGAUUGCGUAGAGAUAUAUUGCAAAGAGGAAGAGAUUUGGAUGGUGUCUUAAAACAAUAUUGUACUAUGGUACAACCUGCCUUUUAUUAUUACAUAGCACCACUUAUGGUCCAUGCUGAUAUUAUUGUACCUCGUGGUGGAGAGAAUGAAGUUGCUAUUGAACUUAUUGUACAACAUGUGCAUACACAAUUACAAUUGAGAGGAUUUAAGCUCCGUGAACAAUUAGCCCAUUCUUACAUAGGUCAACCAUUACCUACAUCUUUAUAUUUACUUCCUGAUACACCACAAAUUAAAGGCCUACAUACGUUUAUAAGAAACAAAGAUACUUAUAGAGAUGAAUUUAUAUUUUAUUCGAAACGUUUGAUACGUCUUGUGAUAGAAUAUGCAUUGUCUCUUUUGCCAUUUGAGGAAGUUACGGUGGAGACACCGCAAGGAAUACCUUAUCAUGGUAAGCGAGGUGCAACAGACAAAAUUUGUGGUGUAUCUAUUUUACGUGCUGGAGAAACAAUGGAACAGGCUGUUCGAGAUGUAUGUAAAGAUAUAAGAAUAGGAAAAAUUCUUAUACAAACGAAUCAACAGACUGGUGAACCUGAGCUAUAUUAUUUGCGUCUUCCAAAAGAUAUCAAGGAUUAUAGGGUUAUAUUAAUGGAUGCUACUGUAGCAACCGGUGCUGCUGCUAUGAUGGCUAUUAGAAUUCUUCUCGAUCAUGAUGUAGCAGAAGAAAAUGUUUUAUUGGUAUCUUUACUUAUGGCGGAAUCGGGUGUUCAUUCCAUCGCUUAUGCUUUUCCAAAAGUGAAAAUAGUUACAUCUGCUUUGGAUCCAGAGAUAAAUAAUAAAUUUUAUGUAUUACCAGGUAUUGGUAAUUUCGGUGACAGGUAUUUUGGUACCGAACCAUCUUCCUUAGAUGAUUAACGAAUUUUAUAUAAGUAGAAAUAAUCAUUUGUAGACUUAUUUGUUUCUUGCCUUUACUAUUGUGAUACUGCAAACAACAAUCCUUUCUUGUACUUUUAGUGUAGCUUAUUAUUUAAGUUUUUAAUUUCUCCCCGUUCGGAGAGUUGUACAGUUACAGUGAUAUGUCUAAACAAUCUCCUUGUUAAGUGAUUUCUGCGUCGAAGAUAAGUUUGUAAUAAAUUCUAUUACAUUGGUAUAUUAUAUUUUGUAAUAUACGCGUAUGUUCAUA